AUGAUAGCUUAUGCCGCUGCGCUGGCCACUGUGCUGGCUGUCUCAGCGCAAGCCCAGGAUACCCUGGGCCUGGCGAAUGGCUACAAGAACCUGUCGACGACCAACUUCGACUUCGACCUGGUGGCAGACGUGCAGGUUCUCUCUUCUAUCCGGCCAAGCGGAGGGUCCUUUGACUUUUCUCCUUCCAACUUCCUUCAGUAUCGCGCAGCAAACGGCCAGUAUCACGUCGGCGACAUCAACUUUCGCUAUCGCCUGUCCAGCACUGGCGAAUGGCUCAAUGCCAGCACUGCCUCAUCUCGAGAAGCAGUCGAGGACGUAUCAUCUACAGACGCCCUGAGUGAGGCCAAUCUUGCGAAGAGUCUGCCUGAUUCAUUCCCACUCGACGUUACUCGCAGGUGGACCAACAUUGAUGGCGACUUGGGACUGACAUUCACGCUCAACAAUACGAACGAUGAAGCUGUCGAGCUCGGAAGCCUGGGACUGCCAAUCGAAUUCAACAGCAUCUUCUACAACUACGAGACAGACGAGGCACUGGAGAGCUGCUCGCUUAUCGAUCCCUACAUUGGGCUUGGAGGAGGCUACGUCCAAGUGACGCCAACCCGUGGCACCGGCGAUGCGCUCGUCAUCACGCCCCUUGGUGAUACCCAGUUCGAGGCGUGGAACUUCCUCGAGGAACCAACUGAUGGAGAACUUCCAUACCACAGUCAGGUCUUCGAGGGGUUCUACGAGUGGCAGGUCCUAACGAAGGCUCAUGCGGAGCAGGAAUGGGCCGAUGUCGAACCAUGGAAUGCACCAUCCUCCAGGACGUUGAAGCCAGGAGAUACUUGGACGGUCGGACUGCGUCUAUCGCUGGUGAAAGAUGGCAUUCGGGGCAUUGGGGACGUGGUCGAAGCUACCGGGACUCCUUAUGCGAUGGGAGUCCCUGGCUAUAUCAUCCCAUCGGACUUGGAAGCAUCAUUACAUCUUUUCACAAACAAAACAGUUGCCAAUAUGACAACUUAUCCCGCCCAGUCGUUCGAUAUCACAGAAGCCAGUACAAGCAAUGUUUGGAAAUUGAAACCAAAGUUGGGCAUCUGGGGCCGUGUCCGACUUGCGAUUACCUAUGGCGACGGCGUUGUGCAGACUGUGCAUUACUACAUCACCGACAGCGCCUCUGAGGCUGUUGGAAAACUGGGCAGCUUUUUCACUACAAAGGCCUGGUUCAACGACUCGAGUGAUCCCUUUGGUCGGUCUCCUUCGAUCAUCACGUACGACCGCAUCGCAGAGAAACAGGUAGACCAAGACCCUCGCGUUUGGAUUGCAGGGCUCAUGGACGAGGGUGGGUCCGGGGCAUGGCUGGCGACAUUGAUGAAGCAGUCCAUACAGCCUGAGCCAGCAGAAAUCACGAAGCUGGAGCAGUUCAUCGACGAGACUCUUUGGGGCAAUAUCCAAGUAAAGGACGAUCAGACCGGCCCAACCAACACUAGCGCCGACGUCUACGGCGUUCGCAAGAGUGUCUUCUUCUACGAGCCCAGCUAUGUUGCCGACUACGAGUAUCAGUCGGACAUCAACUGGGGCAACUGGUGGAGCUGGAACCGCGCCGACUCCUACUCGGUGGAUGGCAGGGCGUACAACUACGUCCAUGUCACUGCGGCAUACUGGGCCAUGUACCGCGUUGCCAGAGCAUAUCCUGACCUGGUGACUUCUCACAGCUGGGAAUGGUACUUGAACCAUGCAUACGAGACCGUGAUGCGAUGCUAUGUCCAGGAUCAAUCGGGCACCUACACCGUGGGAUACGCAUUGGUCGGAUUGAUGGGCGAAACCGUCUGGGGAGAGCUGCUCAACGACCUCCAACGCGAGAACCAAACAGAAAAAGUGAGCAAGCUGGAAACAGUCAUGCAGGACCGAGUCGACUACUGGGAUACUCUCCCAGCUCCGUUUGGCAGCGAACAGGCCUGGGACUCGACUGGGCAGGAGGGCGUGUAUUACUGGACGCGAUACUUUGGAAAUGAUGCUCUGGUGAACAAGACAAUCAACAGCAUCCUUGGGUACAUGCCCACCGUGGCGCACUGGGGGUGGAAUGGGAACGCUCGUCGCUACUGGGACAACAUCUAUGGAGGAAAGCUGCAGCGUAUCAAGCGCCAGAUCCACCACUACGGAUCAGGUCUCAACGCACUGCCUUUGCUAUCCCACUUCCGCUACAAUCCACAAGACACCCACCUCCUUCACGUAGGCUACGGCGGCAUGAACGGACCACUCUCCAGCAUCGACGCUGGCGGGUUUGCAGCAGCUUCGUUCCAUUCAUGGCCAGACACCCUGGCCUGGGAUGGCUACAGCGGAGACUAUGGCCCCAACUUCGUUGGUCUCGCACUCGGCUCUGCGGUUUAUCUUGUCGAGGACCCGAAGCUAGGGCAGGUUGUCUACGGAGGCAAUAUCAAGUCGAACGAUUCUACUGUUGUCGUCGCCCCUCGCGAUGCAGUGAAGCAUCGUGUCUAUAUCGCGGCACUUUCUCUUUACAUCACAAUUGAUGCGGGAGCAAUCGAGGAGUUCGAGUACGACGCUGACAAUGGUACUGUCUCCCUUACCCUUGCUUCAAAGUCAAGCUCCGCUCCAAAGACAGCUGCGGCUGCUUCAGCUGUGGUUGUUUGGCUGGAAGAUCUGAGUAAUUCUCAGACGUACACUCUUGACGGAGACUACACCAAGGAACGAGGUGGCUUUAAAGUGCCUCUUAGUGAGAACUCUACCACAGUGACUGUAGGGUCGAGUUAA